AUGCUCAACCAAGGUUAUCACAUUUUAGCUGAGCUAACACUCCUAAAACUAAAAAAUAUCUCCGGAGUUAUUGUUAGCCCAUGUGAAAAUGAUCCACUUAAAUGGCUCGGGAUUAUUUCUGUUCGAAGUGGUUACUAUUUUGGAGGAGUUUUCGAUUUUGUAUUAUCUCUGCCUGAUGAUUUUCCAUCAACAAAACUGCCGAAGCUCUAUUUAUGUAAAGAAUUUUAUCACCCUCAUGUAGACUGGAUUACCGGAGAGGUGAGCGUGCACACGGAAUUCCCUAUAUGGAAUCCAGACAAGCACCAUAUUUGGCAUAUUCUUCAUCAUUUUAAACGGUUGUUGACUAGUCCAACAAGUAUUAUUGUUUCAUCACUUGCAGAACAAACUGCUUGUAUCAAAAACAUGAGAGAUGUGAAGUAUGCUAAUCCAGAAGCAGCUAACGCACUGAUUCACCAUCCGGAAGAGUUUGAUACUCGGGCUAAAGGAUGUGUCACUAAACUCUCUGUAUGGACACAGCCAUCACAGGAUAUCCCUUCAUUAAAUCUUUCUGGAUGGAUGAAUGACAGUAUACUGAGUGAUGCACGAGAUUUACUGAAGAGAUUCAAAGAUUCCAAUGAUGAUGAGGAAAAAUUUGUAAGUCAAGGGUUUUCUUGGAUCGAUCCAAAAAGUAUGUCGAUAUUUUCUAGUGAAACACCUGUUAAACCGAAUUCUUCGACAUAUACAUAG